AUGAGUUCAAUCUCUAGCCACGGGAUUAUCCUCCAGGCGGGCAGCUUGGCGCUGGCUGUUCUGCUACUCCAGUUACUAUGGCGAGCUUACCGUACACCCUUACGUCGCAUUCCUGGUCCAUUCUAUGCAAGAUUUACCCAUCUCUGGUUGAAGAAACAUGUAGUCUUGGGUCGAAGAAUGCAUUAUGUGCAUGAUUUGCACCAAAGAUAUGGCCCAAUUGUUCGCAUUUCUCCACAUGAAAUCGCCAUUGCAGACCCGGCAGCCUUUCAAGAGAUCCAUCGCAGUGGUAGCGGCUAUCUUAAGAGUCCAUGGUAUUCGUCAUUUCGGCAAGGAGAGAGUGCAGACGUCUUUUCCAUGAUUGAUCCCCACGAACAUGCCAAGCGACGGAGGCUGCUUGCUCCUCUAUUCAGUAACUCAGCCAUUACGCAAAACUGGGACUCGGUAAUCGUGGACAAGAUUUCGAUGACGGUGGACAAGAUGAAGGACGAGUUGUCUCGAGAUGGCCAGCUCGACGUCUUCAAGUGGUGGACGCUCAUGACUGCAGACGUCAUUUCCCACCUCGCAUUCGGAGAACCUUUUGGAAUGUUGGAUAAGGGAGAGAAAACCUCAGCAAUGCAAAAAAUCGAAGACGCCACGAAGUAUGGGGGCUUUAACUCCGAGUUACCCGUGUUGGCCAAGAUGCUACACUAUAUUCCCAACCGCGCGAUACAAGAUUUUGUCACUGCUGAUGCCGAUGUGCAGAGAUUUGCAGAGGAGACGAUGAGGCGCGUUCGAUUUGAUGGGAUAAAGGGAGCCAACAUGUUUUCCAGGAUUGUGUCGGAGAAUGAAAAAGAAGAUGCCACCUUGACAGAUUACGAAGUGGCGUUUGAAGCUGCUGGCUUUAUUGUGGCCGGUUCUGGAACGACGGCAGUAACCCUCACCUAUAUCGUUUGGGCCGUCUUGUCCCACCGCGCCGUUCAGGCCAAGUUGGAGGCCGAGGUGGGGGCACUUCCGGAAGACUACACCGACGAAGAUCUAAAGAAGCUCCCAUACUUGUCUGCUGUCAUAGAAGAGACGCUCAGGUUGUAUGGUGCCGCGCCUGGGGCACUGCCACGGACCGUGCCAAAGGGUGGCGCAACGCUCGGUGGCUAUUACAUUCCAGAAGGCAUCACUGUUAGUACCCAGGCAUUCAGUCUGCACCGUGACGCUCGGAUCUACGAUGCGCCCGAAAGCUUCGUGCCAGAGAGGUUUCUCACGGAAAAGGGAGAGUUCCAAGCAUCGAGCAAGGUCGCCUUUCACCCAUUUGGUGCUGGAACUCGGACGUGUCUGGGUAUUCACUUGGCACGAAUGGAGCUGCGCCAUGGCACGGCGCUAUACUUCCGCACAUUCAAAGGUUCUCGCUUGGCACCUCAGACGACACCGGAAUCUAUGGACAUGGUCAAUCAUUUCUUGAUCAGCCCCAAGGCGGAACAAUGCUGGGUUACUAAUUAA